CAUAAUGUAGUCGCCAUCUUUACUUCUAUCCUUCAGUCGGCUCUAGAUUUGCGGGCGUUUCAUCGCCGUUUUUCAAUGUUUUGCUCAAUUAUAUCACAAUUGUUCCUUUCAAAAUAUACAUAAAAAGUUUGUGAAGUGUUGCGUAAUAGUUUGGUGUGAAAAUGAGUUUUUUCGGAUUCGGACAGACAGCGGAUAUCGAAAUUGUAUUCGAUGAUGCGGACAAACGUAAAGUUGCUGAGGUAAAAACGGAUGAUGGAAAAAAGGAAAAGCUUCUGCUUUAUUAUGACGGUGAAACUGUUUCUGGACGCGUAAAUGUGACGUUGAGAAAGCCUGGGUCGAAGUUAGAGCAUCAAGGUAUAAAAGUCGAGCUUAUCGGACAAAUCGAAUUGUUUUAUGAUAGAGGUAAUCAUCACGAAUUUAUAUCCUUGGUGAAGGAACUAGCCCGUCCCGGUGACCUUUUACAACACACCUCGUAUCCCUUCGAAUUCGCUAACGUGGAAAAACCUUACGAAGUGUACACGGGUGCGAAUGUUAGACUCAGGUAUUUUUUGCGAGCCACAAUCGUUAGACGACUUACAGAUAUUGUAAAAGAAGUUGAUAUAGCUGUACACACAUUAUGCAGCUAUCCCGAUGUUUUAAAUUCCAUAAAAAUGGAAGUAGGCAUAGAAGAUUGUCUCCACAUAGAGUUUGAGUACAACAAAUCAAAAUACCACUUGAAAGACGUGAUUGUUGGUAAAAUAUAUUUCCUACUGGUCAGAAUAAAAAUAAAACACAUGGAAAUAUCAAUAAUUAAACGAGAAACCACCGGUUCUGGGCCUAAUACAUUUACAGAAAAUGAGACUGUUGCUAAAUACGAAAUCAUGGACGGUGCUCCGGUAAGAGGGGAGAGUAUUCCGAUUCGAGUGUUUCUAGCUGGUUAUGACUUGACACCCACAAUGAGGGACAUUAACAAUAAAUUCUCUGUAAGAUACUAUUUAAAUCUUGUGCUAAUGGAUACUGAAGACCGCCGUUACUUCAAACAGCAAGAGGUCACAUUGUGGAGAAAGAGUGACAAGUCCCGAUUGCCGUUACAUAAUCCCCAUCACCCACAAACGCAAACACUGGCAAAUCCUCACCCUCAAAGGCAGCUUAGUGCAUCGAGUGAAGAAAAUUCUAUAAGAACUGCUUCUCCUAAUGCUCCAGAAAAUUUACAAAGGUCUAUUUCGCCACCCAUGCCUACAGAAAAACAAAAUGGCCCUGCACAAAUGGAAAAGGAAGAACCAGAUCUAUUACCAAACAAAUUAUCCAAUACCCAUAUUGAAAAACCACCGGAACUUCCUAAAAAUAAUGAAAUAUCUCAGCCUGUUAAUGAACCUGAAAUUGAAACGUUGGAUGAAAAACCUCCAGUGUCUGAAAAACCUACAAUUAAAAACCAAGAAGCAGAGAAACCUCAAAUUAGUGAAAAACCUCAAAUCAACGAUAAACCAAAAGCAAAACCGCAAGCCGAAAAAAUAAUGGUUGCGGAAAAACCAUUAUUAGCGGAGAAACCACAGGUUGCAGAGAAGCCUGUAUUAUCACGACCGGAGAGUGUAGAAGCAAGUGCCAGCCAAUAACCUCGUAAUUUUGCGGUUGGCAUUACGGCAACCCACAGAGACUGUAUGUUUUCAUAUACGAAGACAAUUGUUUAAACACAUAUGUAUAGCCGAUAGAUUGUUAUUGCCAUUUCGUUUUUGAUAUUUUAUCAACGUAGGUAUAUAAAUAACUAAUUAAGUGAAAACAUUACGAAAUUGUGAUAAGGUAUCUGAAAAUAAUGCACUAAUAUUUUAAUUUAUGGCACAUCUCGAAGAUGCUUUGCUGAAAUGGAAUCUUAAAGUACAUAUUUAUUCAAAAUUUAAUCUAGGAUAGAAGGAAAUUAUUGAAAAUUGUAUAUUGUUGAUGUAUGCAAGAAAGUUUUUCAUUUAUUACUUUUUUAUCUCAUUUUUGAUAAACAUUCAUUAUUUACUAUUGCAUACAGAGCACUGUAUUAUAUAGCUUAAUAUUGUUUUUGCAAGAUUUGUAUAUUUUUUACACAAAUUAGUGUAUUGUGAGAAAGCAAUAUAUAAAUAUCUUAGCCUUAUAUGUAUAUUAGGAAGGUCAUGUCAAAGGGUGGUAUUAUAUAAUAGGUACCUCGUUAGAUAAUCUGUAGAAAACAUUUUAUUGUGGAAAACAAAUUAAUAUAAUUUCUAAUAUUUGUGUAUGUCUUUUAUAGGCCUACCAUGACCAUUAAAUUCUAGAUAAAAAGUCAUUAAUGCAAAUACUAAUAUUUAUAAAGAGCUUUUCAUCCAUACCAUGCUAUUAGAAGUAUAUUCUAAUUGUAAAUUCUAAACAUAUUUGCAACAAAAGCCUCCCAAGAGAUUUGGAAGCUUCAUACAUAAAUUAUUAACUAGUUGUGGCAACUAUUCUGAUCGACAAGGUCAUAAAUAAACCAGUAUCGUAAA